AUGGUCCAAGAUGGGUUCCUGCUGCUAGUCGGCACCUUCAGAUCACCCGAGGUCUACACAUUACUAUUCAAGCCAGCCAGCCAGCCCGAUGGCCAGGCAUCCUUGAGCGUGGCCAGGACGUCCCCAGCGGUGGGGGGCCACUCGUGGCUCGCCCUGUCCAAGGACAAGACACGGCUCUACACGACGUGCUGGACGGAUCCCCCCUCAGUGGCGUCGUACCGCAUCCGCGACGACGCAUCAGUCGAGCUGCUAAACCAAAAGCCGGUGCGGGCGCUGAGCGGCUACGUGGCCGUGACUGAGCGGCACCUGUACUCGGCGGGCGGGCCCUCGGGCGAGGUGUUCGCCCUGGCGGCCGACGGGAGCAUCGGCGCCCUGGCGCAGGAGGUGUCGUUCCGGCGGGCCGAGGAGCUGGACGACGGCAAGCGCAGCGGCGUCGCGCACGGCAGCUUCGGCGGCCUGCGCCACGGCUCGCACUCGGUCGACCUGUCGCCCGACGGCCGCAGCCUGUACGUCGCCGACAUAGGCCACAACUGCAUCUGGACGUACUCGGUCGACGAGUCCGCCGCGGAGGGCCGCCCGCCCCUGGCCCUCGGCUCCAAGCACAUCUCGCCGCGGACGAACGACGGCCCCCGCCACACUUGGCCGCACCCGAGCGGCCGCGUGCUGUACUGCGUGCAGGAGCACAGCAGCAUGGUGGACGCGUUCCGCGUGGCGGACGACGGCGUCUCGCUCGAGCACAUGCACGGCUUCGCCAUCCUGCCGGAGGGCAAGCGGUGCGAAGACUUCUGGGCCGACGAGGUGCGGCUCAGCAACACGGCCGAGGACGGGGUGAGCCCGAGGUUCCUCUACGCCUCGACCCGCGGCCUGCAGCCCGAGACGAAGGGCUACGUCGCCGCGUAUGAGCUCAACGACGACGGCGACAUCAACGGCCCCGCGGUCGACAUCUUCGAGACGAGGACGAGUGGUGGGCUUGCGAAUGCUAUCGAGCCCGCGCCUGGGCCGAUUUCAGAGACUGGGGAGGAGUUUAUAGCUCUGACGGAUAGCGAGCAGGGCUUUGUGGUCAUUCUUGGGUUUGAUGGUAGGAAAUUCAGGGAGGUCGCGAUGACGAAGCUGGAGCGGGAGAACGGCGAGGUGGCACAAGCCGCGACUGCGGUUUGGCUGUGA